UGUGAAAUCACGGACUUCUCCUUUAAAACAGGCCUGUGUUUUUAAUCUACUGCUAGAGAUUUACUCAGAUGGCGUUUAUAUCAGCGUAUUGCACUGCAGCUCCUUACAAAUCAAAGUUAGACAGCCAGCAAAUGAUUCAAUACUCUGUGGAUUCAGGGUCUAUUUGUGAAGAGCAUAAUCAACUCUUACUCUUACCUCUCGUCCUCACUGUUCGUUGUGUCUCUAUAUCCCGUCGCAGUUUGGCUAUUUCUUUGUCUUUCGUACUGUUGUGUCCUUUCUGAUUGGCUAUUCCUGUGUCUUUUCAUGGAUUGUCCAGGAAGCUACUGCUCUUCUGUUGACGUUGUCUGUUCACACUAGUUGUUUAUCUGUGUUCACCGCAUUCUCUUUGUCUCUCUUAGGGAUCUGUCCUCUUUAUUCCUGUGUUUUUAUUGUCCCAGUCUCUUUCUUUCUGUCAGUGUUUUCUUGUUUGUUUUUUCUAGAGCUAAUGCUAUUCUUAUGUCCAUGUUCUUUCUCUCCAUAUCUGACACACUGUCCUUUUUCCCUGUCUUGUUUCUGUCUGUUUCGUUGUCCACCUCUGUUUUGCUUUUCAUCCUCUUGUCUGUGUAAACCCUCUAUUCAGUCACUGGAGAGCAAUCACUUACUGCCAGUCUCUCUAUCCCUGUGUGUGUGUGUGUGUGUGUGUGUGUGUGCUUGCGAGUGCACAUCAUGGCAGAUAGCAGGUGUGUGUUGGUGGUCCUGUGGAUGAGCAUGGAGUGUGUGUGUCUGAGGCAGGUGCCGGGCACCACUGUCCUGCUGCUAAACACCUUGGCCUGGGCAUGGACAGGUGCCAUCGAACAUGCGCCCAAGAUUGAUGGACGGCAUCGAGCUGCACUAACACUGAAAGAGAAUGUCACCCACAAGUUCAACUGCCAAUCAGAGGGUUGGAAUCCUCAUGCCCCGCCCCUGCUGACGUGGUACCUUAACGGGGAGCGACAGAGACCGCCGUUGGACAAGCGGACACCUGGGCGCCUGGUGGUGACAUCACGGGAGGAGUCUGGGCUGCUGACACCGGACUCCAAGCACAACAGCACCUUCUCUCUGAGAGCCAGGAAGUGGGAUAGAGAGCUAGUAUGUGCCGCCUCCAGCCCUCACAGUGGAGAGAGCUACAACGCCACCGUCACCCUCAAUGUGCAGUUCCAGCCAGAGAUUCUGCGUGUGAACGCUCACUACACUGAAACCUCCGACCCUGGCCUCUCCUUGGUCCUCUUUGCCUUGGUACGGUCAAACCCCCCUGCCCACAUCACCUGGGUGGACCAGUCCGGUCAGCGGGUGGCCAACACUUCGGACUUCCUCAUCCUGGACUCGCGGAGCUACCCCUGGCUGACCAAUCACACGCUGCAGGUCGCCCCGAGCAGCCUAUCAGGGAACGUCUCCGUAAACGCCAGCAACAGUGUCGGUGCAGCUCAGAGCAACCUAGCUCUGGCAGGUCUGACAGAGUUCCUCCAGUCCAGGGUGGAGGUGCCGGUGCUGGGCAUCCUGACAGGGGGCGCUGUGGGCUUCGUUACCUUCCUCAUCCUCAGCCUUCUGGUGCUCUGCCUUCUGCACAAGAACAAGGGCAAGGCCAUCAUCGAUGAGCCAGUCGAGAUUAUAAUGGCGAAAAAAUGUAUGGAAUCGUCUAGUGUGAAGGUAGACAAGAUAUCCCUACCCAGAGAGAACAUGUCUCUACCUUCCAACAUGCAACUCAACGACCUCAGCACCCUGCAUAAAGCACUCGAGACCGCCAAACACCACCUUGGGGACAAGAUGAGAGAGGAAGAGGAGGAUCUGUCUGCUGCCUACGCUGCCAGGGGCUUCGCCCUGUACCCCAUGGUGGGCUACAUCUAUAAGGUGAACAGCAAGAGCAGUGAUGAGAUCUGGCUCUGACUACUAUGCCCCAGUUCCACCACUGGGUGGUCAAACCACAGUGCAAUGGGGCCAAAAGGAACCUGUGGAACGACUGCCAGUCAACCAAUCAGCCGAUCCCAUCUUCAACAAGGACCAAUAGAGAUGCUGAGAUGAUUACAGGCGCAGACCAGCAAGAGGAACCUGUUAGGAAAAUACUGUAGUUAGCGAACUCACUCUGGGGUUGUCCAGAUGAACCUAUUACAGCAGGUAAUCACAUUCCAACUUGAUUCCGUGAAAAUCAGAAACUCAGAAUAUCAGGUCCUAUGUUGAUUGGUUAGUGUAAUUCAAGCUGACAGCUUAGUCUGUAGCCUGGUCCUAUAUCUGUUUGUGCUGUCUGUCUGUUUGGUGUGACUAUAUGUCACAAACAGAUCUGGGACCAGAAGGGUGCAGUUGUGAUAUCAAGUGAAUACAUUUAGAUGGCUCCAAACACCUAAACCGAUACUCAGUGUGGAAAGUAUACUGUACCCGUGUUUUAGAUGGUUUACACUGACUGACACCUACCACUCCUCCAUAUGCUACAGUCUGAUCACGUACCAUAACCAUGAACUCCUGUUGGAUUAAGGAAUGCUUCAUGUUCUUUGUAUGUGAACUGACAUAUUUCUAUGGCUAUAUACAUAAACAAUAGAUAUUCAUCUACAAGUAUAAAAUAUGUGUAUAUGUAUAUUUGUAUUCAUAUGUAUAUGUGUAUAAAAUAAAUCUAAUAAAGAUGAAUAUG